AUGUUCCUCCGCGACAACACGGCUCUUGAGCGGGUGCCGAUGCGUAGGGCUGGUUCGCCUUCAAAGAGUGCUACAAUUCCGAAUUUGCAGUUGGGGACGAUUAUAUUCGAGGAGUAUCUGGUGGAGAAUGAAAGCGUGUCGGGUAAGAAAUCCAUUUGCUCAUUCAUCCUUCUGCCCUAUAGCCUAUUGACUCUACAAUUUCCCAAGCACGAGUGGCGGCUGACAUUGUUACAUCGCAGUAUCGCCGAGAUGGCCGUCGCACGAGCUCCUCGUGCUGCUUGGGAUAAGAGUACACGGGGUCUUGAUGCCGCCAGUGCCCUGGAAUUUGUGAAAGCAUUGCGAAUAUCAGCCAAUCUGACCAGAAGCUGCUAUGCUGUAGCCACCCACCAGGCAUCUCAAGCAAUCUAUGACGCAUUCGACAAGGUGAUUGUCUUGUAUGAAGGCCGGGAAAUCUACUUUGGGCAAUGCAAGCAGGCAGAGAAAUAUUUCAUCACGAUGGGUUGGGUCAAUCCUCCUCGACAGACGGUUGGAGACUUUCUUACUUCCGUUACUAACCCUCAAGAGCGCAUGGCCCAAGAAGGGAUGGAAGAUACGGUUCCGCGGACUCCUGAAGAGGGUGGUCACGUUUCUGCCUACAUGCAACCGACUAUUCAGGAUACAGAAAAGACUCCCACCUGCCAGACACUGGCUCUGGAGCCGCCGCCAACGGAGAAUGGAGAGCCCGUUGGCUUGAGUACAGUCAUCCCAGAACAGCGGAGCAUCUUCACCUGGCAGAGACCUCUGUUCCGAUAUCCCGGAGCUCUUACAGUCUUGAUGGGCGUGUCUGGAGCUGGAAAGACCACGUUGCUGGAUGUUCUUGCACAGUGGGUCUCAAUCGGUGUGGUUACUGGGGAUAUGUUGGUCAACCGAGGGUCUCUACCAGCAAGCUUUAACAACAAACCGGAGGCUCUGAGAUCCAGCGCAAUGCUGCGGCAGCCUAAGAGCGUUUCCAAGGCAGAGAAGUAUGACUACGUGGAACAAGUGAUCAAGAUGCUGAAUAUGAAGGGCUUCGCGGAGGCUGUUGUCGGUACGCUAGGAGAAGGCCUCAAUGUGGAGCAGCGGAAACUCUUGACCAUUGGAGUCAAACACGCCGCCAAACCCAAACUUCUCCUGUUCCUUUAUGAGCCCACAAGCGGGCUAGAUUUGCAAAGUGCAUGGUCUAUUUGCGCCUUUCUCCGGAAGCUCGCAGAGAACGGACAGGCAGUUCUUUCAACCAUCCACCAGCCAAGCACAUUUCUAUUUCAGCAGUUCCAUCCUCUUCUCUUCCUGGCUAAAGAUGGGAGAACCGUUUACUUUGGCCAAAUUGGGAAGCAGUCCAGGACACUGCUAGGUUACUUCGAGCGGAACGGAGCAAGGAAGUGUGACCCAUCCGAGAAUCCUGCCGGAUACAUGUUGGAAAUCAUUGGCGCUGGUGCGGCUGGCCAAGCUACCAAAGACUGGCCGGUAUUUUGGAAAGAAAGCCUUGAAGCGCGCGAAGUAAAAGCCGAACUAGGUCGCAUCCGUGCCACACAAUCUGGAGAAUAUGCCAUGCCGCUCAUUGCUCAGUUGUGGCGGGUGACUCGCCGGGUAUUUCAGCAGUUCUGGCGUGACCCUGCCUACAUCGGAGCAAAGUUCAUGCUAGGCGUCGGGAUACAGAACCGUCUAUUCAGUCCCUUCAUCUUGACUUCAGUCUUCUCCACAUUGGUCCAACACGCUCGUUGUAUGAGGUUCGCGAACGGCGCAUCCAAAGCUUACUCAUGGGUGGCGUUCGUUGUCUCGAAUAUCGUUGUUGAAAUUCCGUACCAGACCAUUCUCGGAGUUCUAGUCUGGGCGAGUUACUACUAUCCGGUUUACGGGGCAAAUCAGAGCUCGGAUAAGCAGGGACUAAUGCUGCAACUUGUGAUUCAAUUCUAUCUCUUCACCUCGAGCUUCGCAGACCUGGUCGUCUCGUCCUUACCCGAUGCCGGAACUGCAGGUAGAAUAUCCCCAGUCUAA